GUCACAUGACCUCAGCUCAGCUAGCUCAGCUAGCAUCACAGCUCGGAGCAGCAGCUGGAUGUGGACGGAAACUUUCACCGUUCAUGGCGGGAAACAGCGCAGAGAGAUGAGUGAAGAAAGCUCGAGCGUCCUCUCUGCCUGUAUGGAAGUAAAGGUGCUUCUCCAGUUGUGACCGCUGAGCAGAGGAGUGGCCAUGCAUCCCUUCGGCUGUGAGUCCCAGACCUCCCUCCAGGACCUGUUUGAGUACUUCAAGAGGUGCCUGCAGCACGGAGAGUGGGAGCUGGCCAACGCCUGCGUGCCACAGCUGGUUAACUCGACGGGAGGAGGACUUUCAGAGAAGCUACGAGACAUAAUCAAAGCUAUUGUCUGCCAGCCUUACAGUUUGAAAUGGGAGUCUGUGGGGAGUCCGCACAGACUGGCUUGGUUUUGGCUUCAGGUGUUGGAGAAAUGGACAGAAGAGCAGGUUCCUCCUCACAUCAGAAGAGAGCUGGAGUUCCUCCUGCUCCUCGAGGAGCUGUGGUCAGAGGGCAUACCAGACACUGUUCUCAAGGAGUUGCACAAAACCUUCUUGGACACGCAGACUGAACAAAAGGCUCCAGAAAGGACAACAGAUGCUUCUGUUGAGUCUUGCCUGCGAACCUUGUUGGAGAAAAAGAAGCCCAGACUGGCCCAGUCUUUAGCACAGUUCUUACAGGACCAGUCAUGCUCACAGGACCACACUCUGCAGCACACGUUCAUCCAACACCUGAUGAAGCGACUGGGAAAACCGGAGAGGAGGUUCGACAAGGUGGAGGAGUGGGUGGAGGAGAUAUACGCCGUGCUGUCCGUGAUGCCGUGGAGCUCUCGCAGGAGUGACGGGCAGCUGGAGGCGCUGUGUGAGGUGCUGUGGGUAGCCAGAGACGGGCCCCUGAAAGAGGAGCGCAUCCUGAGCUCGCUGCUCCGCCCUCGGUGCAACGCUCUCGUCACUGCAUACUGCUCCACCGCUCUGAGGCUUCAGAGGGAUCACCUGCUGAGGAGCGCACCUGACACACAAGUGGACCUUCCUGAAGCAGAGAAGCUGGCCCUCAGUCUGUGUUGCCACAAAGAUCGACCAUCCAUUUGGAAGACCAUUUACUUUGAGUGCCUUAGUAGUGGAAAGCACUUCCUCGAGCAGGUCUUGGUCACUGCACUCGACCUAAUUAAACAUGAGGAGUUUGCUCAGCUGAGAGACUUACUGAAGUUGGAGUUUCAGCCUCUGUCCCGUCUGCUGUUGCUCCUGGGAUGGACUCAGUGUCGCAGCCUCAGCUCGGCUCAAACGCUGCUCAGCAUCCUGCACAGAGAGCAGGCAGCGGCCAGUGACUCUGUUCUGCAGGACUUUGCCAAUCUUCUGUCCUCUCAGCUUGGAAUACUUGAAUGGUGUAAAAACAACAAUACAGGGAUUUCCAUGGAGGCAUUGCUGGCACAGCUUCACACUCUGGACAAUCACUCUGCUCUCUACAUUCUGCAUUCCCUGACUCCUUUGGCUCAGUUUGAAGAGCGCAGGAUACUAGAUCUGCUGCAGCAGCUGCCAAAUUCACCAGGAACAGAAGACACUGAGGCCGCCCGUCCUCUCAGUCCCACCGUGCAGAGGAACAUAGUUUUGUUCCAGGGGUUCUGUGCCAUGAAGUACGCCAUCUACGCUCUCUGUGUGAAUGCACAUAAAUACUCAAACUGCACCGAGUGCGAGUCCAUGCAGCAGCGGCAACAUCACCAGCCCAGUGAAGCAGAAAUGGACCAAAACCAAACCUCAACUUCCUCAGAUGGUUGCCAUUCGCUGUUCCAGCAUUACCUGUCAGAGUGUCAACUCUACCUGCAGGCUGUGCCUGCCAUGUUCCGCCUGGAGCUCCUGGAGAACAUCUUCUCCCUCCUCUUUGUAUCCACCACUGACUUUGCCCAGCAGAUCCAAAAAGACACAAACUCGAACCUGACCACGGGCGGCGGUGCCACGAUGUCAGAAUGUGCGUCAGAUACAGCAAACACAAAUGUUGAACUCGGAACCAAAGCAAAGACAGAUGAGACUGAGCACAGUAGGACAGAGGAUCAGAAGCAGCGUUCAAGUUCAACAACAGCAGCCCAUCGUAGCCAUCACCUGGACCUGGGGCACUUUAUCCAGGGCUGCAGGGGGUUUCUGGUCAAUGUGACGACCAUGGAGGGUUUUUUGAAGCUGCUGAAAGAAGAGUUGGACGGUAUGUCUGUGGUGGGCCAGCAGGAGGGACAGGAGGCCGGGAGAGCGCUACCUCCAGAGGCUGAGGUGGCGGAAAACAUCGGCUGCUCUGUGACGGCUGAGACAUUCGGGGCUCGCCUGCAGAGGUUGUCCAAACGCAACGCAGAGGCCCAGUGGAGGCUGCAGAUCAUCACCAGCAAUCAGGGCGGUGGAAGCGGUUCAGAGAGUCCUCGUCCGAUGUCAGCGGUCAACUAUCCCGUCACUAUUCUGGGGCACAGCAAGAGCUCAAGCCUGAGGAGAAGGAAGAGACCAGGGAGACCCGCUAUGGACAGACAAACCUCCAUGGAGAAACACAAAGGAGAAGUUAGCACGAGCGCAUCAGAUGGUGGAGGAGUGACAGCAGCAAGUAGCGUGGAAAUGGAGGUGUGUCCGUGCGGAGGUCCCCACAGCUGGCUCGUCCCCGCCAUGCUGUCCUCUCCUGAGUCUCUGCUCAUGUCCUGCAUCCGCCGAGGGAACUUCAUGGAGGCACAUCAGGUAUCUCUGGUGUUUGAUCUUGGGGCGUCUGCCUGUUGCGGCGAGCUGGUGUUCAUGGAGCGCUACAAAGAAGUCCUGGUGGAGUUGGGACAGGUGGAGCAGAAGAUGGAGAGCCAGUCAAUGUCUUCGUCCUCAUCGUCCUCAGAGGGUCUGGUGACGGCGGCUGUGUCGGGUGCAGGGAGGACUCGGCUGGGGAGCAGUGGUCGAUCGACCCUGCAGGCCAUCGGGAGUGCGGCUGCUGCAGGUGUGGCUUUCUACUCCAUCUCAGACAUAGCAGACCGGCUCCUCAGCACCCCUGCUCACCCGAUGCCUUCGCUGGAGGAAGACUACUGGCUGAGCCGCUGUGCUUCAGACCCCUCCGGCCUCAUUUACACGCUGUUGGAGGAGCUCAGCCCAGCAGCCAUGGCUGCCUUUGACCUGGCCUGCUGCCACUGUCAGCUCUGGAAGACGUCCCGACAGCUGCUGGACACAGCAGAGCGCCGACUCAACAGCAGCCUGGAGGCUCGAGGAGUCAGAGCUGACCCAAAGGUUCCACAUUCGGAGGGGAUCUGUGGAUUUCCCAUGAUAUUACAACAGAUCAACAAGAUCCUGAAUCAUUCUACGACCAAUAAAGGCUCUGCCAAAACAGAAGCCGUUGGGGAAGACCAAGUGUUUGCCAGCCCAUUUGGUUGCUGUAUCCAGGAAGUGCUCCUGUGUUGCCACCCAUCACUGAGCGAGGAAUGCAUCGCUGCUCGGCUCGGUCUAGCACAACGUUUGGAGAGCCCCCUGCACAUCCUGAGCACUGCCACAGAUGGCACAGAGGGCAGCGUGGGCAGCGCUCUUCUAGCGCUGUUGGUUGAGCAGGCCAGUCUGAAGCAGCCUGAGCUGGACGCUCACCCCGUGCGCUCCAGCAUGAAGCAGCUGCUUCGUUCUCUGGACCAGCUUUGUCCCUUUGAGCCAGACAGAGAUCUCGUCAGACCGGAUUAUGUGCGCAGUUUCCUUGACUACAUCAACACACUAGUGUCAGUGUUAGUGCGCAGCCUGGGUUCAGAAGACCAGAGCAGUGAAGUGAAGCUUGGGAAUCCACUGCUGGUGUUGCUUCAGGCCCCAUUUCAGCUUCUCUCCCACCUGCUAUUUGACAGACAGGUUUCUCCUGACAAAGUUCUGUCAUUGCUGCAGCAGGAAGAACUGCGACUGAGCGUCCAGCAGGUGAUUGUCCGGCGAUGCUGUGAGUCUCUGCCCGUGUGGACGUCCUGUCCAGGUGAGGCAAGAGACUCCAGUCAGACCAAGAAAGAUGACGGAGUGUUCGGUGUCGCCAGUUUGUCUGUCCUGCUCCAGCAGCACGCUCAGGAGCAUAUGCCAACUCUGGCAAUCGCAGAGCCUCAAUCUGAUGCGAGCUCCGAUUCGGAGAGCUCGGUGGAAGACCACUCAGCGACACCGACCAACCUCUCCACCUCCCCCACCAACCUCUCCACAUCGCCACCGUCUCAUUCAUCCUCCUCUUCCUCUUUAAACUCUUUCCUCCUCACACCAUCAGCUUUGUCCUUUCUAAAGGCUCGCUCCCCUUUACUCGCCACACUGGCAUGUCUGAGCGCCUGCAAAGGAGAAGCUGCACGGACACAAUCCUCCGGAUGGUCCGGCUAUUUUCGUAGCGGCCGUAAAGAGGUCGUCCUAGACGGAGAGCAGAUUUCUCGUGAGGCAGAUAACCUCCUGAAGGAGUUCCCUAUUCUCCGGGCUUACCUGCACACCAUGGUUGAACCAGUGCUGGGCACCCUGUUAAGCGAGGGCGAGGAAGGCUCUGCUGGACUAGGGGCGGUUGUUUGUGGGAAACCCCUCGUCAGUCUCCUGCUGUCAGGGCCUCAAGAAGAAGUCGCCCAGGCUGUGGCUGCUGAGGCUUUCCAGAAGGCUCUUACCUCUGGAGACCUGGGCCGAGCCCUCAGCUUGCUGGAGCUGUAUGGGCAAGGCUGCAGCCAGGAGGGGGCGCUGAGAGACCGCCUGCUUGCCUGCGCUGCCUUAGAAGAUGGAGGUGAAGGUAUCGGUCAGCUGUUCCGCGUGCAGGACGCUAACCUGCGAGCUCAUGUUGCUCUCCAGGCUCUGGAGCGCUGGCCUCUGUCAGCCUGCCUGGAGCUACUCGAGUUCUGCCUCAAUGACCCGAGCACAGAAGCCUCACUGAGGACAGACUUGGAUCUGAAGAAAAAAGAACUGGACCUCUACCGCUGGAUGUUGACUUUACAUCCUCCGUUACCCUGGUCCACAUGGCAAGAGCUGAGGACCGAGUCUAAGACAAACUCUGAGUCCAUGCUGUCCAUGAUGCUGGAAGCGAAGGAGUUCGCUCUGUGUGCACAGUGGGUUGAGCUCUAUCCUGUAUCCGACCAGCUGAGGCUGCAGCUGAAGACUGAGCAUCUGCUUCACCUGCUGGAGAAGGGACAGACAGAUGAGGCUUUCGAGUUACUCGAGGGCCUCUCAGAUUUUGCAGUCGGCCUCGACGUUUGUGAGCGCGCCCUGGACCGCCGACCUGGAUUGGCCGCCUGUCACUUCCUGGCCGACUACCUCACCCUGCAUUUCCAGAGGCAGGUGUCUCCGGCCCGACGGCGACACAUCCACGCCCUCCAUCUGGGCUCUAAGGUGUUGCUGACUCUGCCCGCAGCUUCCAGGCAGGACUAUUUCCCCCUGCUGUCAGAGCCCCUGCUGAUGCUCGAGCAGCUGCUGAUGAACCUGAAGGUGGACUGGGCAGACGUGGGUGUUCGAACCCUGCGGAGCCUCCUGGUCGGUCAGGAGGCCGGCUUCAGCGCCGAAGACACCGAUAAGCUUCUGGCAGACUACGCCUGCAAGGCCCUCGACUUCUCCUGCGCCCCCAGAGAGAGGUCCCGAUCCGACUCUGUAAUCAGCCUCCAGGACACGCUGCUGCAGUGUCCCGCUCAGGACAGCUACUCCGUAUUGUCGAGUCGAAUUGAUUCUCCAACAUCCUCUGCAGGCAGCACCCCAACGCGCACACGCUCCUCAAGUAGCACAGACAGGGAGAGAGAUCGAAGCUCAGCAGGGAGAAAACGCCGCUCGUCUGCCAAGUUCCAGCCUCCAGACCAACCCCCGGCCCGCAAAGACUGGGUCCCUGACACCCAGCAGCAUGUGUGCAUGGUCUGCCAGCGUGAGAGGUUCACCAUGUUCAACAGACGGCAUCACUGUCGGAGAUGUGGACGCCUGGUUUGUAAUGCGUGUUCAGAGCACAAGAUGCUUGUAGAGGGCUGCCCAGGAGAGGAAGUCCGAGUCUGUGACCAGUGUUACGCCUAUUUUCACCCUGAUUCUGACGAUGAACUGGAACCAGCUGAAGGUAAAUUAGUGGCUGGAAGCCCCGUGGUCACAGAAGAAGCUCUGGACGGGAUGCUGCAUCUGCCUGAAGUGGUCCAAAGGCCGAUCCAACUCAGCACGAAUCCUGCAGAGAAUCAGCUGCUUAGGAGCGAGUUCUAUUACGAACAGGCUCCCAGUGCGUUCCUCUGCGUGGCCAUCUUGUCUCUGCACAGUGACCAGACAGCCUGCGGUCAUCAGCUCAUCAGCCACUGCCGCUCUCUGUCACGUAAGCUGACCAAUCCAGAGGUGGACGCCUGCCUCCUCACUGACAUCAUGCGGCGGCUGCUGUUCAGCGCCAAGCUGAUGUUUGUGAAAGUUGGCCGUAGCCAGGAUCUCGCCUUAUGUGACAGUUACAUCAGCAAAGUCGACGUGCUUAAAAUUCUCGUGUCGGCCAACUACAAGUAUAUUCCCUCUCUGGAUGACAUUCUGGAGACUUCCGCUGUCACGCGUCUCCGUAACCAGCUGUUGGAAGCAGAGCACUACCAGCUAGCAGUGGAGGUGUCUACUAAGAGUGGCCUGGACCCUGGUGGAGUGUGGCAGGCAUGGGGGAUGGCGUCUCUCAAGGCGGGGAACCUUUCAGGGGCGAGGGAGAAGUUCGCCCGCUGCCUGAAGGCUCCAGUGGACCGCAAUCAUCUCAACAUGGGACCUUUACUGCUGCAGGAGGUCGUCCAGAACCUGGAGACGUACGUACACUUCACUGUGGCCACGUCUUUUGAAGAGGACAUCUUGGCGUCCCUGCGUGAGCUGGAGGACGUCCUGUGCGAGGCCGGUCCUGUGGAUCGACCCGAGGGUCAGACGCAGACCAGCAGCCUCCACCAGGAGUGUCUCUUCUAUCUGAACACAUACGGCACUCACCUGGCUCUGAUCAGCUUUUACAUGCGUCACGACUGCAUGACAGAGGCGUUAACGUACCUGCUCAACAAGGACUGCCCGGACGAGGUGUUUCUGGAGGGCGUGUUGCAGCCCAGUCUGGAGCGGGGGUGUCUUGGCACACUGCAGGUGAUACUGGAAAAACUUGACCCUGGCCUGGAAUCAUGCAGCCGCUACCUCAUCGCCUCCUGUCAGUUCCUGCAGAGGCGGGGAUACUACCACACUCUCUACCAGCUUCAGCAGUUCAUGAUGGAUCAUGUGCGCGCGGCCAUGACCUGCAUCCGAUUCUUCACACAUGGAGCCAGUUCGUACCUGCAGCUGGGAGAUCAGCAGAGCUGGUUGGUCAAAGCCAAAGAGCACCUGAGGACAUACCUACAGGAGCAGCAGGGUCGGGGCGGCGGGAGGAGGAAGUCUCAAGUCAACUCAUUCAGGAAGAUGAUGUCGUCCAAUGACGUGUCCAGGCACAUGAACACCAUUGAGCUUCAGCUGGAGGUGACUCGUUUCCUGUCCCGCUGUGAGAACGCAGCCUCCUCCAAGACCCCACAGACCAGUACGCCUUCCUCCAAGUCCACUGGAACCAGCUCACUACCUACACUGUUUGGAGGAAGUCCCAUGAAAGUUGAGGUUGCCUGCAAGGUGAUGCUUGGAGGAAAAAACAUAGAAGAGGGUUUUGGCAUUGCAUACAGAGUCAUACAGGACUUCCAGCUUCAGGCCCAGGCGGUCUACGUGCGGGCCGGCCAGAGGCUCGUCCGACAGCGGCAGCACAAAGCCGUACGUCAGCUGCUCAAGUGUGUCGGCGAGUCGGGCACCGCCACCAAAAACGACUGCGACGCCCUCAUCCUCAGCUGCGUCUCCAUCGCAGAUAAGGGGCCAGCUGAUGCUAAAGAGCUGGAAAGUCUCAUUCUGGAGAUCAAGAGCACAGAAAGCAAGAUCAAAGCCUACCUGCUGUGCAGUAAACUGCGGCCGGCGUACCUGCAGGCGGUGAAGCUGGAGCCGAGCCGAGCCGGCCCGUUGGUCCAGGACGUCCUUCAGGCCGCCGAGGGAACGCAGGACUCUGUGAUGCAGAAUAUCUGUCGCCAGUGGCUUUCCGAACACCACAACAAGUCAUCUCAGCAGCGCCAGGGCCGACCCAACGCCAGGUAAAAGGGGUCGAGGCGCAGUCGGCACAACAAGGGAUUACACACACACACACACACGGAGCACUUAAAAAGAGAUGAGCCACAAAAUGGAUCCAGGUUUUCUGACGUGACGCAGCUCUAGAAAAGAGCGAUCGGUAAACUUUCAGCUGCAGAUUAUUUGAAGACGAGCGAGAUAGAUUUCUAUUUCAGCGGAAACUCUGAACCCUGGUGAUCACUUUCUGCGUUUGUGCGGCCUUCCUGUCUGUCAACCAACAAAACCACCACUGUGCUUUACUUUCAUUCCUGAAAUAUUUCGCUGUUAUCUCUCGUGUACAAUACUUGAGAGGGAACAGGGUCACCGAUGUUACAGCGGCUGUUACCUAACUGCAAUCUACAAACAGAUUCUUACACAACGUAAGCAUAUUAUCUGUUACUCAGUAUUUGACUAGAUUAAUCUCCUACCUCAUCCAAAAGGGAAAAUAUCUUUAACUGACUAGAAGGCCUCUGUCUCUUUUUUUUAAUGUCCUUAUCGUCUCCGUGUGUGAAUAAGGUUUUAUUCUGAGCCUAAUGAGGUGUCCGCCACUAAAGAAAGGUACAUGUUUCCACCCUUAAAGGUGUCAAAUGUUGUUUUAUGUCAUACUGUAUAGCACAUUUUACGGCCAGCUUUCAGUCUGUAUAUUCCCUUUCGGAAAGGGAAAUUAACGUCAAACAGAAUUUGAAGUCUAUAAGGGCAUUGAAGAUAAAACAUGAGGCUGGAUACAGAAAGGGACUCGCUUACAGAUCAUCUUUUAGCCUCGAUCGAUUGUCCAGAAGUCGCUCGAGUCGCUCGUUAGUUUUGUCUAGUUUUUAUGUCUCAUCUUGUGUCUCCUGUUUCGGUAAUGUCACUAAUUUUUAAUUUGCUCUCACGAAAGACUCGACCCAUAUCUGUGUGAACAUAUGAAUUCUUAAUGAUGAACUCACACAGAUAAUCAGCCAAUAAUCUAUAAAAAAAAAGGGACUUUUCCCCAUAUGAUUUUCUUUGGAUGUGUAAUUGUGUACAGAUAUAUUCAGCUCAUCUCACUGACAAUCGCCUAUGUUGCUCAAGCUGUCUCUCCAAGGACACACGAAGGUUUAUUUCAGAGAAACUCUGAUAACACGGUCAAGUCGUUCAUCUUUAUUUACACGAGAUGCUGUGUUGUCCUUUUGCCAUUCUUCCCUCCGCUGCACUAGUUUAAAGACUGAGACUGACGAAUCUGCCUGUGAUGAUAAUAAUAAUAUGUGUUUAUCGGCAAGAGAUGAAAUGAAGAGAUGCGCACGUACGACAUUCUUGCACUCUAAUCCUUCUUAUCUUGGACUGUUGUCUCAUCACUGCCGCACUUUAUACUGAGCGAGUUAGACUUUAAAAUACAGAAAUGCUCUGAUGAUGCAGGGAUGAAUGAUUUUCAAAUGUAACUGAUUUCUCUAUCUCCUGUAAAAGAAAUAAAAUAAUAAAAAAAAAAA